AUGGACUUCUCUGUUUUGCCAAACAAUAACCAUCCCGAUAAAUACCUGCAACUGGAGGUGAAGUCUUUAGUGAAAAACUCUGCCUUUCUACAAGCCAACCUGGCAAAAUUCCCAGAAGCAGCUUUACCUGGGAUGCAGCAGUGGCACAACAGGGUCUAUUUACAGAGAGAAGAGAGAAAUGUCAUUGAGCUGCCAGGCUUGGACUUGAACGAGGUCAGUCAAGAAAUGAUAGGCAAAGCCCUUGGGAAACACAUUACGCCCAUCACCCUGAAAUCCACAAUCAAAAGCAACCCCUUGUAUAGGGAUAUCCAGGUGGAUGAUGACUGGGAGGAGAAGAAAAAGACUCCUUCCUGGACUGUGCAGGACUAUGACAGACACUGGCUGCACUCUAACUUGGCCAGCCACAUAAAGGAAAAUCCUAACGAUCUACAGUUCUGGAUGGGAGAUAUUUAUACCCCUGGGUAUGAUACCUUGUUAAAAAAGAAAGAGAGAGAAAGAAAGCAUUCCAAAUGUUGCCGAAUGAUCAUGCUCAUGGCAUUAGCUCUUUGCAUCCUGAUUACCAUAGUCACAUUCAGCAUUUUAUUUACUUAG